GCCGCCACCGGCUGGAGAGGAGAGCGUGUCUCUGCUCGCGCGCACCGAGCUGAGGAGCGGUCAGCAGCAAUAUUUGCCUCGGACCGAGGAGAACGCCCGGACCUCUUGCUGUUGUGUUUUUCUUUUAGGAUUUAUACCUCCGAGACGACCUGCCGUCAUCAUGUCUCGCGCUCCUGACGGUGUGAGCAAGCUCACUGAAAGUACAUACAAGAAUGUGAUGGAGCAGUUCACGCCGGGUCUGAGGAACCUGGUCAACCUUGGGAAGAGCUACGAGAAAUCUGUCACAGCAAUGAGUUUGGCUGGAAAAGCUUAUUUCGACGCCGUGUCAAAGAUAGGAGAAAACGCUAUCGUGUCUCCGGCCUCCAGAGAGCUCGGUGUUGUUUUGAUGGAGGUCGCUGAAGUUCACCGGAAGGUCUACAAUGAACUGGAGGAGAAUCUCAAGAGAUUUCAUGAAGAGAUUAUUGUAGAGCUGGAGAAGAAGACAGAAAUGGAUGUGAAGUACAUGACCGCCACCUUCAAGCGCUAUCAGACCGAGCACAAACUGAAGCAGGACUCUCUGGAGCGCUCUCAGACAGACCUGAAGAAGCUCAGGAGGAAAAGUCAAGCAAAGCACUCGUCCAAGUACGACAUAAAAGAGAAUGAGUAUUUGGAGACCAUCACAUCCCGACAGAGGGACAUGCAGAAGUUCAUUGCAGACGGCUGCAGAGAGGCCUUCCUGGAAGAAAAGAGGCGCUUCUGCUUCCUGGCAGACAAGCACUGCAUGUUUUCCUACCAGCUUAGCAACUUUUACGACAAAGCCAAAGAGAUCCUGAAUUCAAGGCUGCCAACCUGGCAGGAAAAAUGCAGCGACGUCAACCAAAUGCCGGACUCUGUGGUGAAAAUGAUAGGUCUGUCCACCGUUCCAGAAGCAACAUCACUGACUGACUUCCACAACAAGAACAACGUGGGGACCAUGGGGCUUCCACCAGCACCACCAGUAAAGGCCCAGAUCAGCCCACUGGCCAAUAUGUUUAACCCUGAGCCCAAAUCUCCGCUGACCUCCCCCUCAGAUCUCAGCUCAGACCGGAGCAGUGUUGGAGACGGCAGCCUGUCCAGGUCCACAUCCCAGUCGUCUGGUCUGAACGUGAGCAGGAAGUCCCGAGUCAGGACCAUCUUUCCUCACACAGCGGGCAACAAUCACACACUCCUCAGCUUUGAUGAUGGUGACAUCAUCAGUUUGCUCAUCCAUGAAGAGAGGGAUGGGUGGCUGUACGGAGAGCUGGAGAAGACUCAGCAGCGUGGUUGGUUCCCUUCAUCCUACUGCAGAGCUUACGCUGAGCCUGUGAUGUCCAACAGUAGCAUGAGCACGCCGGUGAGGAGCCUGAGUGUGGUCAGUCUGCAGGAGGAGGAGGAGGAUGAAGAGGAUAUUUAUGAGCCCGUGCUGCUUCCACCACCAGACUACAGCGACCUCGCACAACCCAGUUCAGUGGCGUCCCAAACACUUUCACAACAGAACACGGUGUCUUUAGUCAAUGGGACUGCAAAGGCUCCAUUUUUAGGAGGAGGUAAUCCUUUUUCUAUGGUCAAGCUGAGGCCGACAGUCACAAAUGAUCGAUCAGCGCCAGCCAUCUAGGAGUUUUAGUCACCGGGGAAUCGUACACGGGCCUUGUGCCGAACACCAUAAUCCACGUUUUACAUCUCACCAGCCUGCAUGCUUGACCCCUGCUCUGUUUAAGGACAUCUACUGCUCCAGUGCUACUUUUAGAUAAACGAAUCGUUGACUUAAGCAGAAGCAAAGAGAAAGCAAACUAUUAGUUUUUGUAAUGGCUCCUAAAUUUAGGCUUUUUAAAAACUCAGAUAAGGUUCAGUCAAGCUGAAAUAUGAUUCUUCUUACCAGAAGUCAACCGAUGAACAAAAAUAACCCUCAGGGGUUAAUAAAACCUAGCCAGUGGCUUCAGCGUGAUGCUGUUUCUGCUUCUUUUUCCUUCCACGUAAGCUCAGGGAUGGCCGAUAACAGAUAAAUUACUGUUCGACUUAUCGGUGGGUUGAUUAACCAGCCUUUCCAAUAAAUUCAUGCAGUGAAUCUCAGCUGAGAGGCAAAGGAAGAGGAGUGUCUCCUGGAGAACAGGCACUCAGCGUUUUCCGCUAGACCCUCGCUCGCUCGCUCACACACACGUAGAUCAGUUGAGAUCUUUAAAAACAAAAACAUGAAACCUUUUUACUUUAAAUAACUCCAAAACACUCAAAAGUCUUAGUUGAAGUUGUUUUUCUUCCAGCUCAAAGUGUUUUCAUUCAAACUACAUCAAACACCUGCUUCAUUCAGUUUGGUUUGAGGAAACUUAUUUGACUUUAUUUAUUAAAAAAAAAACAUCAGUGGUUCAUUGUGAUGGAGGCUGUCCUUGCCUGUGAGCUGAAGGCGCAUGUAAAGACCCGCCUCUUUUUAUUUUGGAGUUUUCUGUCCCUUUUAAAGUGUUGUGAUUGGACAAAGCGGUCCAGGUUUGUCUGAGGAAAUGGACCCGCCUUCCUGACUUGCCAAAAACAUCUUAUUUCUGUUUUUAUUGGUAAGAUUUUUGCCUUUCUGAGAGGGCAGGCAGAGGUGAGGAUGAAGGGAGAGAGGCUCGUUAGGUAAAGGGCUUGUUUUUUUGUUUUUUUUUUAGCGUUUUAUUUAAAAAAAAUUGUAAUCAGAAAGCUAUUUAUAUGGAGGUAAUUUGUAUGGCGUUUGUAAAUAAACAUCUAAACAGAAGUCCAUCUGUGCUCCACCUGAAGCUUGGAUCCAGUCUUCAUCUAGACUUUACGGCUCCUGCUUGUUUUAAUUUAACUUUUGUUGGAGUAAUUUGCCUUUUUAUGACUAUUUGUAGCGUGCUGCAUGUACUCAAAGCAGCACUUCCUGCUAAAUGAGAUGGGUUUUAACAGUUGAACUUUAUGUAAACAAAGUCCUUGCUGUUUGACUUUUAUGCCCUGUGUUUGCUCUGUGAUUAAAAACUAAUCAAUGUAUUGAUCCAUAAACACCGCUCUGAGACAGUUGAUGCUUUUUAUUUUCUUUGUUUGUGUUAUCCAGUUGAGGCUUUUUCCUCCCCAUUAAAACAAGAUAAAUGUUGCACA